AUGGCGCGCUCGCUCAACUCCAUCGUGGCCGUGAGCCAGAACAUGGGCAUCGGAAAGGACGGGCGGCUGCCCUGGCCGCCCCUCAGGAAUGAGUACAAGUACUUCCAGAGAAUGACUACCACGUGUCAUGUGGAAGGUAAACAGAAUGCACUGAUAAUGGGUAAAAAAACCUGGUUCUCCAUUCCUGAGAAGAGCCGUCCUCUAAAAGACAGAAUUAAUAUUGUGCUCAGCAGGGAGCUCAAGGAAGCCCCGAAAGGAGCACAUUAUCUUUCCAAAAGUCUGGAUGAUGCUUUAGCUCUUUUGGAUUCACCAGAGCUAAAAAGUAAAGUAGACAUGGUUUGGAUUGUCGGGGGCACUUCAGUUUACAAGGCAGCAAUGGAGAAACCAAUUCAUCAUCGAUUGUUUGUGACAAGAAUCUUGAAGGAAUUUGAAAGUGACACAUUUUUUCCAGAAAUUAACUAUAAAGACUACAGACUUCUCACAGAGUACCCAGGUGUCCCUGCUGAUAUCCAGGAAGAGAAUGGGAUCCAGUACAAAUUUGAAGUAUACGAAAAAACUGUUGUGGCAAAGUAAAUGAGGCAUUCUGUACUUCUGUGUAAGGGGAGGCAUUUUAGAUCCUGAAGUCUUACUGAGUGUACAUAUACAUUAAAUUUUUAAGAGCAAAUCGUGCCAGAUAGUA